CUGUGAGUGGCAGCGUAGUCCCGUUUGCAAAGUGAAGGAUGUUUCACAGUGCUGGUUCCCGGGUAUCUGACUGGCAGAUCUCUUUUUCUCAAUGCUAGAGGCUGACUGAAUGAUGGCAUGGCUAUAAACAACUGCCCCAGGGGCAGUAUGGGGAUCCGUCUGGCCAGUUUCUCCUUAUUGCUCCUUUACUUGCUUCCUUGUUGGGGGCAACAACAGGAGCCAGCACCGGGGUUGUCCGUCUUUCAAUUUACCAGCUCCAUAUACAAUGCCACCAUUUAUGAGAACUCCGCAGCUCGGACGUACAUUAGGAGCAAGGUUAAAAUGGGGAUCGCUUUAUCCGAGUUGGAUUUUUGGGAUAUGAAGUAUUCCAUUGAAUUUGGAAAUGAUGAGGGGCUGUUUCAAGCUGAGGAAUUCGUUUUGGGAGACUUUUGCUUUCUUCGCAUACGGACUAAUGGGGGUGCCAUGCUGAACCGCGAAGUGCAAGAUAAUUAUACAUUAUCAGUAAAAGCUGAUGGCAAAGACGGACUAGAGGCCUUUGUGACAGUCAAUGUGCAAAUCAUGGACAUGAAUGACCUUCGACCUCUGUUCUCACCCACUUCCUAUAAUAUUGAUGUUCCGGAAAGUACUCCAUUGGGAACAAACGUUGUUCAGGUGACAGCCACCGAUGCGGACAUCGGCUCCAAUGGCGAGUUUUACUAUUUCCUCAGAGAAGAUGUGGAUGAGUUUGCUGUCCACCCGACUAGUGGGGUAGUAUCUCUUAUAGCCAGACCCAUUGCAGAUAAGAAGAGCAGAUUCGAUCUUGAGGUUUUAGCAGUUGAUCGUGGCAAUCAAGUUUAUGGAAAUAGUGGCUUGGGCAGUACAGCCAAACUCGUGAUCAAUAUUGUGCGUAUCAAUCGGUAUGCACCGACGUUGACUGUGGUCACACUUUACCCUUCAAUAACAGACAAAGAUCCAAUUUACGCUAUUGUCACAGUCAAAGAUAUGGACGAGGGAGCUAAUGCAGAAAUCGACUGGGUUGCCAUUAUUGCAGGUGACCCGCAGGAGCAGUUUGUCCUUGAUAGAUCUCCACUUGGAAAUGAAUACAAGCUGAAGAUGUCUGAACCAGUGAACUGGGAUAAAUUUCCUUAUGGCUGCAAUCUCACUUUUCAAGCAAAAGACAGAGGAACACCACCGAGGCACUCCAGCUCUCAAACGGUUCAGCUCUUAGUGAAAAAGCCAGAGUUUGUGCAGGUGAGCUUUGAAAAGGAGAUUUACAGCACGAUGAUAAAUGAGAUUGCACCACCAGGGACCAUUAUAGAGAUUGUGAGACUCUCUCCAAGGCCACCGGCCGUCAGCUACAGUCUAGUUCUGACCUCAGAUUCUGUUUAUUUUAAUAUAAACACCCUGACUGGUGUCAUUUCAACAAAACAACCAUUAACCACACUGAACCAAGAGCUGUUCGAAUUAGAAGUGAUGGAGACGGUUAGUGGCAUGACAGCCAAGGUGCGAAUCACUAUUGAAGAUGCAAAUGACAACGCCCCAGUGUUUACCAGCUCAUCUUUUGAAGUGUUUGUCAAUGAGAGCGUUCCUGUCGGCACUGUCAUUCUCACAGUAUCUGCUGAGGAUGAAGAUAAAGGCGAGAAUGGCUGCAUAACAUACAGCAUAGCCAGCCUUCAGUCACUACCCUUCAUCAUCGAUCAAAACACCGGAGAGCUUAGAAUAUCUAAAGAACUGGAUUUUGAAACAUCUUUGGAGACGUACACGUUUGCCGUCAGGGCCUCCGACUGGGGCUCGCCAUACAGACGAGAAAAUGAAGUCAACAUCACGGUACAAGUGUUGAAUAUCAAUGACAACCGACCUCUUUUUGAGCGCGUGUCAUGUAAAGGUAUGAUAGGAUUUGACUUUCCCGUGAGCCAGACAAUUAUCACCAUGUCCGCAGUUGACAUUGAUGAGCUUGGGUUGGUUAAAUAUAUCAUUCUGUCUGGAAACGAACUGGAUGUCUUUAAUCUCAACCCAGACUCUGGGAUAUUGACUUUGAGGAGAGCGCUCGCUGCGAGGAGUCUCGAGAAUGAACAUUUUACCUUAAAAAUAUCUGCGUCGGAUGGUGAGCUGCUCUCUGAACCCACCUUUGUUAAUAUAUCAUUGGUGAGAGGUAGGAUUUCAACAAGGAGCUUCAGUUGUCAAGACACCAAAGUUGCACAAAAGUUAGCUGAGAAACUUCUCCAAAAAGCCACUGUCAUAAGUAAAUCCAAAGUGAAGGAGAGCUCCACAGACCUGUUCUCUGUCAAUAGACACGCGCCUCAGUUUGAAUCCUUUCCAUCAAAUAUUGCAGUUCGUGAAGACAUGCCCGUGGGAUCUAGUGUCCUUCAAGUGACUGCGAACGAUGGCGACACAGGCUUCAAUGGUCGUGUCCUGCAUGCCAUAUCAGAUGGAAAUAUUGACAGCUGUUUCAAUAUUGACAUGGAAAGUGGCCUGAUAUACAUUUUUCAGCCGCUGGACCGUGAAAGAUCAGAUCGGUAUCUCCUUAACAUAACUGUGUAUGACAUGGGCCUCGUACAGAAAUCUACCUGGAGGUUGUUGACUGUUAACGUUGAAGAUGUAAAUGAUAACAGCCCAAUUUUCCCCCUGGAGGGUUACACUGCUGUUGUAUCGGAAAACGCGGCAAUUGGCACUGAAGUGAUCCGGGUCACGGCCACAGAUGAUGAUAUUGGUCAGUAUGGUGAAAUCUCAUAUAGCUUGUUAACAAAUACCCCUCAGUUUGCUAUUAACAGCGAAACUGGCUCUGUUUAUGUGGCUGGCCCAUUGGACAGGGAGUCUGUCUCAGAUUUCACGCUUAAAAUUGAAGCAAGAGAUAAAGCGCCACGCGGAAAUCAAAUGGUCACAGAGAAUACACUAAGAAUUUCCUUGGAAGAUGUAAAUGACUGCGCCCCUGUGUUUAUUCCAAGGACUUACAGUUGUCGUGUGUUGGAGGACCUUCCUGUAGGCACUGUUAUAGCGUGGGUGGAAACACAAGAUCCUGAUAUCGGAUCUGGGGGAUGGGUGAGAUACUCUCUUCCCAAUGAUUUUAAUGGGACAUUUAAGGUUCAUGCAGAAAGUGGGGCCAUUAAGUUGGCUAAAGACCUAGACUUUGAGAAGCAACAGUUUUACAAUCUCUCUGUGCUUGCAGAAGAUCUGGGUUUUCCGGUAAAGCUUUGCUCCGAGUCCUACCUCGAAGUGGAAGUUAUUGACAUUAAUGAAAAUCUCAAUGAGCCAUACUUCACAGAAUUUGCAGUGAAGGGCGCAGUCAAGGAAAACUCUCGCCAUGCAACGAGUGUACUCCAGGUGACCGCUAAAGAUGAUGACUUAGGCAGAGACGGAGUGAUCAGAUACUCUCUCAAAGAUGGAAGUGGCCUAGGACUGUUCACCAUUGAUGAAGAAACAGGAAUGAUUUACACCGCUGGCGCCCUAGACUGUGAGGCGCAGGAUUCCUAUUGGUUAACAGUACACGCGACGGACCGAGGUGUGGUGCCGCUUUCUGCUUCUAUUGAGGUGUUUAUCCAGGUGGAGGAUGUGAAUGAUAAUGCACCUUUGACCUCUGAACCUGUCUACCACCCAUACAUCAUGGAGAACUCACCUAGAGGUGUGUCUGUCGUCCGAAUUCAAGCCCAGGAUCCAGAUGUUACGGCCUCAGAAAGCCGUCUCACGUAUCGCAUCACUGCGGGAAAUCCCCAGAACUUCUUUUCCAUUGAUUCCAAUACAGGACUUAUCAGGACCACGUCAAGGAAGCUGGACAGAGAGCAACAAGCAGAACACUUCCUGGAGGUUACUGUUAUGGAUGGAGCUGGUAUCUUCAGGCAAUCCACUGUCUGGGUGAUAGUCCAUGUCCUGGACGAGAAUGACAAUACACCAGAGUUCUCAGACUCUUUAUACCGGAUAAGCCUUCCAGAUCGGGACCGUAACAAACGAGGUGACCCCGUAUACAGAGUGUUCGCCCACGAUCGUGAUGAAGGGUCAAACGCAGACCUCACGUACAGCAUUGUGGAUGGAAAUGAUGACGGCAAAUUCUUUAUCGAUGCCAAGACAGCCAUGGUGUUUUCCAAAAAGAUGGUCUCAGCCGGUAGCUACGAUAUCCUUACGAUAAAAGCCGUUGACAAUGGGACCCCUCAGAAGUGGUCGACGGCCCGUCUGCGUGUUGAAUGGAUUCGAAAGCCCUUGCCUUCGCUACGCGCCCUUCGAUUUACAGCGCCUGUUUACAACUUCACCGUGACCGAAAACGCCAAAGUGUACGAGUCAGUUGGAGUGGUAUCGGUUCGACAAACAGAAACUCCUUUGUGGUUUGAUAUCAUUGGUGGAAGAACAUCGCGCGAGAUGUUUUAUAUUCCUCAGAGCUCCUGUGGUGGAAACUGUUCAUCUGACAGCGGUAAUGGCCCGUUUGACAUUCAAAAAGGGAUUGGGACUAUAAUAAUAGCCAGACCACUGGAUGCUGAAACUCAGUCCCUUUACAACAUGACAGUACAGGUGUCGGAUGGGACAAACACAGCAACCACACAGAUUUACAUAAAGGUUUUGGACAGCAAUGACAAUGCUCCCGUGUUCUCUGAGCGUCUGUAUCAAGUCUCACUGUCUGAGGAUACGCUGACAGACACUGAGGUCCUCCGCGUCCGUGCCAGAGACCUGGACGACAGAGCCAAGCUGAGUUACUCUAUUCACAGCAGCGUGGAUCCGGCGAGCAUGAGGAUGUUUAGGAUCAAUCCUGGCACUGGCGUCUUGUACACAGCAGAUCGACUAGACUACGAAACGCGCGCUCAGCACAUCCUUACAGUCAUGGUGAAAGAUCAAGAAUUUCCCUAUUACAGAGACUUGACACGGAUUAUUGUGGCUUUGGAGGACGCCAAUGAUCAGCCUCCCACUUUCACUCGCACACUUUAUGAUGGUAGUGUGUUUGAAUCGACCUCACCUGGAACAUCAGCUUUGCAAGUGUUCGCACUAGACAGAGACUCGGGCAGAAACGGGGAGAUUGUCUACUCGGUUGAUGCUGGGAACACAGGAGGCAUUUUUGGAAUAGAUCCACUAUCUGGCAUCAUUUCAGUGGCCAGAGAGCUGGACCAUACGACUGUCGGCUUUUAUACCCUCACUGUAAGAGCCACAGAUGGAGGUACUCCAUCGUUAAGUAGCACCACCUCUGCAAGGAUUGCCAUUUUUUUGUCGGAUUUCUCCAGCCCAAAGUUUGCCCAGCGCGAAUAUCAAGCUGAGAUCAGCGAAAACGUGGCUGUCGGAAGUUUUGUCAUAAUGAUCUGCGCAACUAGCCGAUCCAUGCUAAUUUAUGACAUCGCACGAGGGAAUGAUGAAAAGAGGUUUAAAAUAAAUCGUUACACCGGUGUUAUCACCACACAGCAAGAUUUUGACUUUGAAAUGACCUCUUCUUACAUGCUGUCUAUUCGGGCCAUUAACAUGGCUGGAAUUGCCUCAAGUGUCAAUGUGAGCAUCCAGGUAGUUGAUGAAAAUGACAAUCCUCCAGUUUUUCAGAAGGUUAAAUAUACAGGGACCAUUAGUGAGGCAGCACCCAUCAAUAGCGUGGUUAUGAGCGAGGAUGGAAGUCCGCUGGUAAUUAAAGCUACCGAUGCUGACAAGAACCAAAAUGCCAUUUUGGUUUUCCAGAUUGUGGAAGAUACGGCCAAAUUGAUCUUUACUGUGGAUUCUGGAACCGGCUCUGUCAGAACCAUUGCUAAGCUGGACUAUGAAACAUCCAGUGUGUUUUAUUUCUCUGUUAAUGUUAGGGACAGUGGUAAGCCUCAGCUAACAGCAGAGAUGCCAGCCAAGGUCGUGAUCAAAGUUGUGAACAUCAAUGACUCUCCCCCACGGUUUUCACAAGAAGCUUAUGACACCAUCUUGCUGCUGCCAACAUACAUUGGAGUCGAGGCUUUGAGAGUAGAGGCCACCGAUCCAGACAUGACCACUGAUCUGACAUAUUCCUUAGCUGAAGGCAACCUAGAGCACUUUGCAAUUGAUCCAUCUUCAGGCAUUAUUACAGUCAAAAACAGUAAACUUUCCAAAGAUCGUUAUCGUUUCAGUAUAAAGGUGUCAGAUGGGCGUUACUUUUCCACAGCAGUUGUGACCGUGUUAGUUAAGGAAGCUAUGGACAGUGGCCUCCUUUUUAGUCCAUCAUCGUACUCCUCUUCUGUAUGGGAAAACAGUGUGAACAUUACAAUAGUCAGUAUUGUAAAUGCUGUUGGAAACCGCCUAAAUGAACCAUUAAAGUACUUUCUUUUGAAUGCAGGGACACGCUUUACAAUUCAGCCCACAUCAGGGGUCAUUCAAACCACAGGAGUCCCUUUUGAUCGAGAACAACAGGAAUUGUACGAGCUUGUGGUGGAGGCACGCAGAGAAUACGACCAACUGCGAGUUGCUAGAGUAACCGUGACAGUAGAGAUUGAGGAUGUUAAUGACAAUGCUCCUGAUUUUGUGGGCCUUCCGUAUUAUGCUGCUGUGCAGGUUGAUGGAGAGCCCGGGUCAUCCAUUUUCCAAGUUUCUGCAAGAGAUAUGGACAAAGGGAUAAAUGGAGCUGUGUAUUAUGAGCUCAGAGAAGAGCACCCGCAUUUUGAGGUAAACAGACUCACUGGCGAGCUUACACUUAAACGGGCUUUCGAUGCAGACUUGUCUAAUGUUGAAUACCCAUUGGUCGUCUUUGCGCGUGAUGCAGGUUAUCCCUCCCUUUUCACUGCUGCCGAGCUUCCGGUAAAAGUUGUGAACAAGGCCAUGCCUGUGUUUGACAAGCCCUUUUAUGGCAUAUCAGUAAGAGAGAACAUUGCAGUAUCCACUUCCAUUUUAUGCAUCAAUGCCACCAGCCCAGAGGGUCAAAAUAUCAUAUACACUAUUGUGGAUGGAGACGCUUCCAUUCAGUUCGACAUCGGCUUUGACAGUGGUGUGAUUAGUGUUAUUUAUGCUUUGGACUAUGAGACCACACCAUACUACAGGCUAACGGUCAGGUCUGUGGACACUCGGACAGGAGCUAGAUCUGAAGUAGACAUGGACAUUGUUGUGGUAGACGUAAAUGACAAUGCCCCUAUAUUUCGAAAUGACUCAUACACAGCCACUUUGGCAGAGAAUUCAAUGAUCGGGACCUCUGUGAUACAGCUGUUGGCAACAGACCUUGACUCUGAAAAUAAUAAUGUGAUUAGUUAUCAGAUCCUCUCUGAUGCUCUGAACAGCACAGACUACUUCCACAUAGACAGCAGUAGUGGACUCGUGUCAACAGCUCGUCUUUUGGAUUACGAACUCACUCAGCGCUACAAAUUUAUGGUUAGGGCAACAGACAAUGGUUCCCCAGCCCAGAGCAGCGAGGUCACAGUUAACGUCUUGUUGAAUGAUGUGAAUGACAACCCACCGUCCUUCAGCCAACCACUUUAUGAGGCUUUCGUGAGUGAACUAGCUCCCAGAGGGCACAUUGUGACAUGUGUCCAAGCUUCAGAUGCAGACAGCUCAGAUGCAGAGAGAUUGAGAUACAGCAUACUCUCUGGAGAUGAGAAAAUGAACUUUUUGAUAGACUCCCAGACAGGCAUCAUCUUUUUGUCCAACCAGCGCAGACAGAACAUGCGACUGGCAUACACCCUCAAUGUGUCCGUAUCUGAUGGGGUGUUCACGAACACCGCACAGGUGAACAUUCGAGUCUUGGGGGCAAAUCUUUAUAGCCCUGUCUUUAGCCAAAGGUUUUACUUGGCCGAGGUCCUUGAGAAUGUCCCUGCAGGGACCAAAGUUAUACAGGUGCGUGCCACAGACGAGGACUCUGGGAUUUUUGGUCAGAUCACGUACUCUUUUAUUAAUGACCUUGGAAAGACUCAGUUUAACAUUGGCACUGAUGGUCUAAUCACCACAGCUCAGAAACUUGACAGGGAGAACCCCAUAAACAAAGACAUUGUGUUAACCGUAAUGGCUCUUGAUGGAGGAGGAAGAGCGUCGUUUUGCACCGUUAGGGUGAUUUUGACAGAUGAAAAUGAUAAUGCACCACGUUUUAGGGCUGUGGAGUACAGAGUUAGCAUUAAGGCAAACGUGCCAAUGGGAUCGUUGGUAACUCAAAUCCAAGCUCAGGACCCAGAUGACGGUGACAAUGGUAGAGUUAGCUACUCCUUGUAUAGUGAGGCGAGGCUUCCUUUAGUGGACGUGCUUGAAAUUGAGCCUGACAGUGGCUGGAUGGUCACAAAAGGAAGCAUGGCUCACCUCCGAGGGACAGUUCUUUCGUUUUUUGUGAAAGCUACUGAUGGAGGGACCCCAGCCAAACAUUCCCUUGUGUCCGCAUUUAUUCAUGUCCUACCACCUGAUGCUAAUUUGCCCUCCUUCACCCAGCCCCAGUACUCCUACACAGUCCCAGAAGACAUGUCUGUCGGGACAGCCUUGGGGUCGGUGUACCUGAGUCCAGGUCAGACUGGUUCUUUUGCAGUGGUCUGUGGAGAAACUGCGGAGAGCAACCAAGGUGGAACUUUUAUGAUGGAGAAAGAAACCGGACUUCUAAGGCUUGUCAAUCCCCUGGAUUAUGAGCUUAUCAACAUCUACCGCUUCAAAGUUUCAGCCACCAUGAGGCAGGCACUGGUUGAAUCAAUGUCUGUAGUAGACGUAGAAGUAAAAAUUCUUGAUGUAAAUGACAACAAACCGACUUUUGAAACCAGUUCCUAUGUCGCAAUGGUAAUGGAGGGUAUGCCAAGGGGCACACGGGUCAUUCAGGUGCGAGCUCUUGAUCCAGAUUGGGGUGCUAAUGGACAGGUUAAUUACAGCCUUGGCCCGACCCUAAACCAAGAGCAGGAAAAGGCUGGUGGAUCUAAAUCUAUCACUGGUGCCAUGUUUGCUAUCGAUAGCAAGACAGGUUGGAUAACCACUCUUGGUGAUCUGGACCAUGAGAUGUGUCCAUCUUACACAUUCAGUGUAGUGGCAUCUGAUCUAGGCGAGGGCAUGUCACUUUCCUCCACAGCUGUAGUAACUGUUGCAAUAGCAGACGUCAAUGACAACCCCCCUACCUUCGAGAGGGAAUACUACAGGGGUGCCGUGAGAGAGAGCGAUCCAUUGGGCGAGGUGGUGUCGGUGUUGAGCACCCGUGACGGGGACAGCUCUGAUCAGAAUCGGCUGGUCAGCUUCCAUAUCACAGGAGGAAACCCCAAGGGGGAGUUCGGUCUGGCUCCUAUUCAGGGGGAGUGGAAGGUCUUCGUGAAGCGGCCUUUGGACAGAGAGGAGCAGGAUCGAUAUCUGCUCAAUAUCACAGCCAGCGACGGCCUGUUUGUAACCCGCAUAGGCGUUGAAGUCACUGUCAUGGAUGCCAAUGACAACAGCCCCAUCUGCAAUCAGGCUCAGUAUGAGGCUUCAUUUCCGGAAGACGUCGCCAUUAAUACGGCUAUUUUGACAGUCGGAGCAAGAGAUUUGGAUAGUGGUGUCAAUGCAGAAAUUCAGUACUCUCUUUUUGGGAUUGGUGUUGAAGAUUUCUACAUGGAUGCAAAUACAGGUGACCUGAAGACUGCUUCUCUACUGGACCGUGAAAGAACUGCAGGUUAUAAGUUGAUAGCCCAAGCUACAGAUGGAGGAGGGCUGUUUUGUCGCUCUGAAAUCUCUCUGACCAUUCUGGAUGUUAAUGAUAAUGCGCCAUCAUUUUCCUUUACUCGGUUUAUGGCAAGUGUAUAUGAAAGUGCAGCACCCAAGGCAUUGAUCACCCGUCUUCAGGCUAAUGAUCCAGAUGAAGGUCUUAACAGGAAGAUCAUGUACUCACUUGUUGACUCUGCCGGUGGCAUGUUUUCGAUUGACCCGACCUCUGGUGUGGUGAUCUUGGAAAGGUCUCUAGACAGAGAGGUGCAAGACUCGUAUGAGGUCAGAAUCAAGGCAGUCGAUCGAGCAGGGGCCGCUGGCUCGCUCUCCACACAGGUGGAUCUCACCAUCAUGGUGCUGGAUGUAAACGACAACCCACCAGUGUUUCAGAAACAGGAUUACAUGGUCACAGUGCCCGAAGAUGUUGCUAAAGGCACAGAAGUUGUGCGUGUCUUUGCCACAAGUGAAGAUAUUGGAGUUAAUGCAGAAAUCUACUAUAGAUUCCUGUCUGGAAAUGAGCUGGGGAAGUUUUCUAUUGAUGAUGCUACAGGCGUGAUCUCGGUGGCAGAUGACCUCGACUAUGAACUCUGCAAAGAUUUCUACUUAAAAAUCGAGGCCUUUGACGGCGGAACGCCUCCCUUGAGAGCGACCAUCAUAGUCACCGUCGAACUACUGGAUGUCAAUGACAACUCGCCGUCGUUCAGCGAGAACAUCUACAACGUACUGAUCAGUGAAGACGUCUCGGUGGGCGAAACGGUCACGAGGCUGUUUGCGGAAGACCUGGACGGUCCGGCGAACGGCCGAAUCACUUACUCCAUUCUGAAGGGGGACCGUGAAAACCAGUUUUGGAUUGACCCCAUCACUGGGCUUCUGAAGGUUAACAAGGCCCUGGACAGAGAGAUGGUCUCUCGCUACUCAUUGUCUGUGCAAGCGUUUGACAGCGGCUCACCUGCCAAGUCAACCACUGUGAAUGUCAAUAUCGAGAUUGCUGACGUGAAUGACAAUCCGCCCAUCUUCUCUCCUGCUAAUGCGUCUGCUGUCAUUCAGUUGAACAAGGCAGCAGAAAGCCCCAUCCUCACACUUUCGGUCUCCGAUAAGGACUCUCCAAGAAACGGGGCUCCAUUCGAGUUUAGCAUUUUGUCUGGAAAUGAGGGCGAUGGUUUCACUCUGGACCAGAAUGGAGAAUUAAGGGCAAACAGAGUAUUCGGUCCAGAUGUACCCCGGGAGUAUACGCUCGAGAUACAGGCGCGUGACUCCGGGAAGCCUCCUCUGUCCUCCACGACCUUCGUCUUUGUGCGCGUAGUCGGAGACAGCCUCUUCAAACCUGUGGUCUUCCCUCUGGAAAUCAAUAUUGUAAUGGCGGCAGACGUGUUUCCAGGCGGGAUUAUCGGGAGGAUCUACGCGACAGACCGAGACGAGAACGAUGUCCUGUCUUUCAGUCGGAAAACGCAAACAAAAAGUCUUUUCAAGAUUAACAGGCAGGAUGGAAAGAUUGUGGCGAUGAAUGGCCUGGAAUCAGGAAGAUACACUCUUAAUGCUACAGUCAGCGAUGGGCGGUUUUCCGUGACGGUGGGCGUGAUUGUUCAGGUGGAGCAGGCCACGGAUGAGAUGGUGCAGAAUGCGGUUACCCUCCGUUUCCAGGAUCUCUCACCCGAAGACUUUGUGGGUGUGUAUAUGAAUGACCUGAAGAAGGUUCUCCGCAGCAGGAUAUUUGGUGAUGGGACAGGGGUCGCUAAAGAGCCAGACCCCCUCCACAUCCUUGGUGUGCAGCCUCUAAGCCGAUCCGGUCAGCUUGAAGUGCUCCUCGCCGUUGAAGCUCCAGAUGGAGGUUACAUUGGGCCAGGAGAGCUUGCUCUUAAACUUGAGGAGGUGUGCGGCGUCUUUGGGGGAACGUUGCAGGUGGUCAGCAUCCAGGAUCAGAGUUGUUCAGGAGAGCUUGAUUGUGGAGAGCGGGUUUGCGAGCUCACCGUAAGUCUGGAUUCUAUCGGCCUGGUCACCUACACCACCUCCAGGGUGAGCUUCGUGUCGCCACGCUUCAGCCGGAAAGAAACCUGCACCUGCCCAGGUGGAAUAUGUCCAUCUUCUCUAGAGAUUUGUGACGGUCAAACGUGCCCAUCCGACAUGCAGUGUGUGCGCAGUGGACCCACAGCGCCCUCGCUCUGCCACUGUCUGCCUGACACGCUGGACCAGUGUGCAGGUCAAACAUCUCUAAGCUUUGCAGGAAGCAGUUACAUCAAAUACAGAGUGACAGACGGCAACAAGAAUGGAGACAUGAAGCUGAGCUUACGAAUCAGAACCCUGCAGAGUCAGGGAAUCAUAAUGUACACGCGCGCUGACCCCUGUACAAUGCUGAAGAUAGAGGAGGGGCGUCUGUGGUUCCAGAUGGACUGUGACAACAGACUGGACAUCCUCGGCAUCUCGGGUCGUCCGAUCAAUGAUGGUUCCUGGCACAUGGUGACCCUGGAGCUCACCAGUAACUACACCCUCCUUUCCCUGGACGACAGUUAUGUAGAGCGUCGGCGUUCUGCUCGUGCCCCCGUUCGCCUCUGGCCCCUGGCUGCAGACAGAUCACUGUUUUUCGGGGCUCAGGUGCUGCGAGGGCAAAUGGGUGGAGGAGACCAGCGACCAGGCUUUCAGGGAUGCCUGGAUGCUGUGGUGCUCAACGGGAAUAAUCUUCCUCUUCAGAAUAAGAGGAGUCAGUAUGCCGAGGUGGCUGGACUGAGUGAGGUGAAGCUCGGAUGUGUUUUAUAUCCUGAUCCAUGUCUCGGAGGACCUUGUAAAAAUGGAGCUGCUUGUGCAAAGCUGCCAUCUGGUGACUUUUCGUGCAGCUGUCUGCCACAGUUCACAGGUUCUCGCUGUGAGAUGGAGGUGACCUCCUGCAUGCCUUCACCCUGCCAGAAUGGAGGUGACUGUAAGGCUGUGGGCAACAGCUUCCUCUGCGGCUGUCUCAAGGGCUUCACCGGUCUCAUAUGUGAUGAAGAUGUAAACGAGUGCGAGAGGGAAGAGUGUGAGAACGGAGGCGAGUGCGUGAACACAUUUGGUGCCUUUUACUGCAACUGCACCCUUGGGUUUGAAGGUCAGUUCUGCGGGCAGCCGUCUAUAGAUGGACCGGACACUCAAGCUGAGGCAUUGUCUUACGUUGGUCCAGGAGAGAUUAUCGGCAUCGGCGUGUUGCUUUUCGUGGUGUUGGUCCUACUGACUCUCCUGGCUGCAUUCCGUAAGAAAGUCCUCAGGAAGGACUGGACCCGAGGGGAAGCGGUGGGAAUCUCCACGGAGGCCAACUACAUGCUGCAGAAGACGAGCGUGGGAGCCGAGGGCAUCGAGUUCAAAGCCGUACGGCUCGGCGGGGAAUGUCGCGCCAGCCUCUACAGGAACGACAGCACGGGAGGACCGCCUCAGGUCAUGGUGCGCCCUACGGCCUACACGCUUCCUCAUUGCCAGGGAAUCCCUCGGGGGGAGAUGGAAAAGAUGGAGAUGGAGGGAGGGUUGGCCGCCCUCUCCUGCCCUCCUCAGAUGAGCACCUUUCAGACGGAUCCACUACAUAUUUUAGGGUUGCCAAGGAGAGGCGUGGCUGUGUGCAGCGUGGCACCUAAUCUUCCCAUGUCUGUGUCCCCUCAUCUCUCCGAACGGAGCCCUGUCCGCAAACCACCAUGGGAAGAGGAACAGGGAGAGGACGGCAGUAUGGAGCAUCAAGCACUGGGUUAUCAUGAAGAUGAAGAGGAGGUGUACAGAAAAGAUGAAGUAGAAAAUGAAGUAGAUGAGGUCACCUGUUUCUCUGACAGCAGCACAAGCGAGGGUCGCUCUUUUCAGUCGGAUUCCUGCGAUGACAACGCCUCAAUAGUGACGGUGAUACAACUGGUAAACAAUGCUGUGGACACCAUUGAAAAUGAAGUUGCAGAACUGAGUGACGUGCAACCUUGCAAUGCCACAUCAAGCCCACGCUUCCGUCACGACAAUGAGAUUUGCUUGGAAUUCGUCAAGGAGUAUUUUGCGAAUUCCUACCAAUGGCAGACACCAGACUGGCUCCAUGACACAUGUCUCCCGGGCUUGGAGUCACCACCACGAGACCAGACGCCCACACCACCCCCUCCACCCCUGCCUGCUCCCCCACCUCCCCUCACCUUUACCCCUACACGCCUAGGUGGCAGUGUUCAGUUAAACAGAAGCACUCUUUCACUGCAGACCGGAUAUCCGUUACGGAGAUACCAGGGCCGAAGAGAUUUCCGUGCAUCUUUAACGCAAGAUGACAGCAACUCACCCGUUUACGAGGAGUACCGUGAGCGUGAUCAUUACGACACCCUCCCUACCGUUCACCCGCCGCGUGUUGGCUUUAGCGAGGGGCAAUCCAGACCCGAGUACAAUCUCUCCAGCCAGUAUCUGAACUCACGACCUCCUCUGCUAGCCUGGGAAGAACGGCCACGUGCCUGGGAGGACACACACGUUUUCGGGAGCCAGCAGGAGAUCGACAGACUUGACACGAUUUCACUUCGCGCGCGACGUUUACGUGGUCAGAGCCCAAAGACGACUUUGCCUGGAAUGAGAGAAUACAUUUGACCAAUAACCAGACUCCUUAAUCAUACUGCGUGCUUGUGAUCAUGCAUGAAGAGGAGCUGACUGAGGAUUUGGAGGCCUGAAGAUGUGUUAUGCAGUGGCAGCCGGUCACUUCUUUUUUCGAGGGCGCUCGAUGCGAAGUUCGUCACAACAUGUAUGUAGCCCGUCGUGUGUGUGGUUCCUUAUUUUAAAAUAUGUGUUCUGGGCUUCGAGAGAUCCUGUGUACAUCACGUGUUUUGUCAAAAUAGGGGCCUGCUGCAGAUGCGUCUAAAGGGUUUAUGAUAAAAGAGACACUCGCGUUUGCCAGAUACUCUCAUAAUCUCAUGCGUAAUCAGAGUUUACUGUUAAGGGAGUGUCUUGCGUGUAUUUUGUGUACAUGAGGGUCUCUUUUAUCAUAAACGGUUUUGACGUGUGCGCAGCAGGCACUUAUUUUGACAAAACACGUGAUGCACAUGGUUCACAUGACGCAACAAACACACAUUUUAAAAACGCCAGCAACACACAUGACACUCCGAACACUUAUUUUGAAUUUGCGACCCUCGGAUGAGCAGUCACGAGACGCUACUGGUGUUAUGAUUUGUCGGGAAUUGUAAGGUUUUGGCUUAUAGUUUCUUUUAUAUUAAAUAAUUGGGGCCAUUUAAAUGUACUUCAUUAACUAGGCUACGGGUAAGUAUGUGCUGAGUUUGUGUGGUACUUGUGUGGCAUAGUUUUUAACACACAGUCAGCUUUGAUCCGGCUUUGGUCAAGAAUAUUAAAAAUUGUGGAAACAUACCUGUACAUUUAUGCAUUUGAUAUUUUUUUGAACAUGUGAAGAACUCUGAUACAAAACCCUCUUAGUGCAUUUUAGUGACAUGUUUUCUUGUAAAUUAGUAUUUUUAUCAAGCUCUUAUGUUUAGGUUCAGUAAAUUCACUUUAAUGGCAAUGAAAAGGCUAUUAGUCAGUAAAUUAAAUGUCUUAUUUUCCCAAAUGUUACUUUAGUCAUUACAUUGACCUUGUUUUGCUGCAAAACCCUCUAAGUGCAUGCAAAAAUCUCCAGUGAUUCUUCACUUCAAAGGCUUAAAAAUUCAGUCAAUACCCUGAUAUAUUCAGCAACCCCCUUUAAUUGGGUAAGAAACUUUUUUUUCUUCACUGUUAAAAAUGAUUAUGUGCUUAGUAGAUUUAACUAAAUAAAAUUAAUAAAACUAAUAAAAAAAUAAAAUAUGUUGUUUUUUUAAACAAUAUUUGACUUAAAAAUAACAUAAAAAUGUAAGUAAUUUGAGUAAUUCUAAAUUGACACAUUACGGAGUUCAUUUAAAUUUUUUCUGUAUAAUACACUUAAAUUUGUAAGAAGGAAAUUAAUUUAAUAAUUUUUUGUUAAAACUACAUUAAUGAUUUUUGGUAGACAUAACUAAAUAGGCAGUGAACUUGUAGUCCCCAGCAUGCUUUGCAUGGGACUGCAUUUGGAGAGUAAAAUUUGAAAUUAAACGCAAUUUUAUGUGUUUUUAACUAAAUAGAAACACUUGUUAGUGUUUAAUGUUCUUUUAUCUUUGAGAUUUUUAAGCGUUUCUGUUUCUUUUUUCAGUUUUGGAUAUUGUAAGUUUACCUUUAACAGAUUUUGCCAGCAAAGUGCUAUUUCUGAAUAGGAUUAAGGGGAUUUAAAUGUGAAAGUAUUUAAUAAACGAUUAAAACAUGCAGAGAGCAUUAGGUCAAUAUCACAUGAUCUCAUUUUUGAUAGAAGAGGCGUUUAGCUGCGUUUGCAUCUGAGCUCUUCAUAUGUUCCCUGUUUAUCCAAUGCAAAAGUUUUCCAAAAAGUUUGAAUUUUUUUUUUGAUGAAUCUUCAAGGUUUGUUAGGAGAUAACCUUGCACACACAGUCAAAAUCCAGAUGGAAGGUCCACAAGUUCAUAUGUUAAUGAAGGCCUGUUUAUGUAUUCAUACACUUUUAAUAAGUCAUCACUAAUGCAUACAUGACAAGGUCAUGUCAAUCACACAUUGAACAUCUGGCAUUAUAAAUACGUUUUUAUGUGUAGGAGUAACACUCUUACAUCAGUCACAGAACUGUUCUGCUAAAUAUCUGUGUUUAAUUCGUAUUGUGUAAAUCAAUAGGAUAUUUAAGUUUAGUUAUGUUUAGUCAUUUCUGUUAUGAAAACAGCUAUCUGAUAAUAGCAAUAAAUCAGAUUAUUUGAAGGGUUUUCUGGAUGACCCCGUGGGUCAGAGAUGCUGAUUGUAUUAAUGCUUAUAAGUGUUAAUGUUGUUCAUUUAAUGUGUACUCACUGUGUGUAUAAUUAAAACGUAACUGUGCAUACUAUGAUGCAUUAUGUAUGGACUGGUGAAGCGUUAUUAAGAAAAGCUAUACGCAGGACUUUGCACACGCAGUGAGUUUACCUGUGAGGGAACUCGAUACCAAUCCCAUAAGCCACGGGAAUCUGUUUUCAUUAUAUACAUAAUAUUCCACUUUCAUACAGUACAGUAGUUACAACAUUGUUUGUCGCAUCUUUUCUGCUGGAUGCACACAAAUAACAUUGCUGGUAAACACAAUCAAUUUUAAAAAAUUGUACAUUUAUAAAAAACAUGAUUUCGAAAGUACGUCAGAAACAACAAUACACAAGACGACACAAUCCGAUUUUGUCAUUCAAAGCUUGUUUACAGGAGAAGUUCCAGGAAUCCGGCUUACCGUAUGAUCGAAACAUAAUGAUGCUUUCAUUUCUAAGCUGUUUCUCAGUGGUGUUUCUAAAAAUGCCUUGCGUUUAGUCACUACAGUAAAUCUUUUAUGAAAUAGACACACACACAUAUAUAUGUUUAUGUGUUUUUAUGUUUCGAGUGUGCAGUUUUAUCAAUAUGACCACGUCAUUCAUUCAUGUUUCAUGUAAAUGUGCAUUAUAGAUUUUUCAGUGAUUUAAAGGUUCAGUGAAAAGAAUGGUAUAUACGAUUUUGCCAUUGAAGUCAUUUAAAUGGAGAAGAUCUUGCCUCUUUAUAGGUAAAGUGUGUCAGAGACUCUGGAGGAGGAUGGGUAAUGCUUUACUAGGUUAAUGGUUAAUUAUAUAUUUUAAUCUAUUUUUUAUAUUAUUAGUAAAUGGAUUAGCUGACAUGAACUAACAAUGAGCAAUAUACUGUAGUUUUUAUCAUGUAUGUUAAUGUUAGUUAACGCCAUAAAAUUGUUCAUGUUAGUUUUUGUGCAUUGGUAAGAAAUGUAAACAGUUACAGCUUUACAAAAAAUGUAAAAAUGUAUUAGUAAAUGUCUAAAGGAAUGGUU